AAGUCAGAAUGCUGGCAGCCUGCUGAGCCACUUUACCCUGGAAGCAGUUCUUCCUGGACUGCUAAACUCAUUCAGUGGGGAUUCUUCGUGUUGUCAUGUGCCUUACCAUUGAAUGAUACGUUUUCCCUGCGGGCGAAGUUUAUUAAGAUGAAUUGAUGGCGGAUAUUAUAAAUCCGGAGAAUGAAGAAGAUCUGCAGGCUCAAAUUGAAGAGGUCGAAGCUUUGUCUUCUAUCUACGGAGACGAGUGGUGUGUGAUAGACGAAGCGUCCAGGAUAUUCUGCAUCAAAAUAUCCAGCGACGCCGAGAAGCAGAAACUGACGGCAUGCUUGCAGAUAAUCCUUCCACCCGAUUAUCCAAGCGCAGCCCCGCCCAUCUAUCAGAUCAAUGCCGCGUGGUUGCGAGGCUCCGAGAGGGCCAAAUUGGCAAACAGCCUGGAAGACAUCUACGUGGAGCAUGCGGGGGAGAGCAUCCUCUACCUGUGGGUGGAAAGAAUCAGAGACUUCCUCGUGGAGAAAUCCCACAGCUCGGGACCAGUCAUUCAAGAAGGAAAAGUGAAUGUAACUGCAGAGGAGGACGUGGAGGACGACGAUGAAGAUGUUCCUGAUUUGCGCGUUCUCAAGGAUACCGUAGAGAAAACCCACUUCUUCCUGGAUCAGGCAAACGAUGAAGAGAUACCGCCGAUAAAACAUGGAAGCCCCAUCACAGACCGACGCAGCACCUUCCAGCCCCAUUUGGCACCUGUGGUUACGCCAAGACAGGUGAAGAUGGUCCUGGAGAAACUUUAUGAAAACAAGAAGAUUGCCAGUGCCACUCAUAAUAUUUACGCCUACAGGAUUUACUGCGAGGACAAGCACAGCUUCCUGCAGGACUGCGAGGAUGACGGCGAGACCGCCGCGGGGGGGAGAUUGCUUCACUUGCUGCAGAUUCUGGACGUGCGGGAUGUCAUGGUGGUCGUGUCUCGGUGGUACGGAGGCAUUCUGUUAGGGCCCGACCGCUUCAAGCACAUCAACAACUGCGCCAGAAACAUCCUGAUGGACGAGGGAUACGUCGCCUCCACGGAUGAGGCCUGCAAGUCGGGAGCAAAGACCAAGAGAUCGAAAAGCAAGAAGACGAAGUGAAGUUCGGAGGAAACACGGAUUCGGUUUGAUUCUUAAAUAAACGAGAAGCCUCUCGUUGACUUUGUGUUGUCGGGAAGUUCAAUUCGUUUACUUAUCUCGUUAAUUGUAUUUAAAAAAAAAAAAAAUUUAUUGAAAGUGCCUUGCGAAAAAUAUUUAAAGUGUAACCAACCUCCAGAUUGACUUUUUAUUUUGCUGAGGAAGAAAGUGUCUAAAUAUGUCAUUUAGGGUUCUGUCUUCUCGUUUCUUUGUCCUUCUCCACUUCUGGCCGUUUCUAUUGGCUCUGCCCACUUUUGUGGGAUUUGUCAUAACUUGCCAGAGUUGUGCUUUCACAGCGGGGAAAAGUUACACUUUAAAUACUUUUGAAGUGUUGAAAACCACAAAACUUCAGUGAUUUUGACUGGAGAUUUAUAUGUUAGUCCAACACAAAGUGGUGCAUAAUCCCCGAAUCGCUUCUCGUCUGCUUUCAACAGAAAAGCAGCCAAACAGCAUGAUACUGCCAACACCGUGUUUCACCGGUUGCUAAGAGGGAUGUAGAGUAUUUUCUGCCACCUUCUUGCUUUUGCUUUGUCCUGUACCAACUUACAGGACAAAGUAAGCUUUCCUGUUACAUGUCAAAACCAGAAACUUCAGGUUUCUUUGGGCAAGAACGACCAAAAAAAGGUUCUGUUGUAUUUUCACCAGUGGAGACUCUAAUAAAGCUUCAUACAUCUAUCUUACUGUACUGUAUCUAUUUACACUGAUAUUUUUUGGAAGCCACACAGGAAACAUAUUCUAUCAAGAACAAGUUUAUGUAGGUUCUUUAUAUGGUUCUGAUUUUUGCUGAGACUAAAUUCUGUAAUUCUACAUAUUAUUUAAGGGCUUUGGGGUAAAAAGAUGAUGAAUACAAACUUACUCCACACUUUUCAGAUUUUCAACCCCACACAUGACAGUUAUGCACCACUUCAUUUCACUUUCAAUGACCCUAAAACCCCCCUGAAGUUUCUGGUUUUGACAUGUAACAAAAACCAAAUCCCACUUCUCUACGACGCUGAAACCUCAGAGUCUGAAAUAUGUAUUUGUUUACCUUUAAGAAGUCUUCGAUGACGUGUUUACAGCUGGACAUAUUUAAUUAAAAAGAAACCAUGACAUCA